AUGGAAAUGAUAAAUAAACUAGUGGCAUCAACAAAACAAUUGACAUAUUAAUAAACUCUUAAUGUUUCUAAAUAUAAAAUAAAAUUAAAAGUUGGUGGAGUAAAAUAAUCAUAAAGAGACAAUUCGAAUUAAUUCAAUUCAUAAAAUGCUUAAAUAUUACUAUGUGUCCUCAAUAAAGACAUUUAAAAGGCAUAAAUAUUACAAUGUCAUCAAACUCGUUAAUCAUAUUUAUUUUCACCUUAACAUCAAUUUUAAUCUCCUUAAAUUUUAUUCUAAUCUCCAACAUUAAAGAUUAAAAACAAUAAUAAUUCUUUUCAUAAGUACCAUCUUAAAGCUGCAUCUUUUAUUUUAUUAAUUCAAAAACUUCCUUCCUUUUUUUUUUUUUGGGUUUUAAAAUUUAAAAGUAUCUCUAUGAAUUUAAAUUCCAACAAUGUUUAAUUGUCUGAAGAUUCUUAAUUAGUUUUAAACUAAAAACUUUUGCAUGGGUUUGGGUUUGGUUUUGACUACAUUACAAUAUUACUAUCACACAACGUACGUAGUACUAUGGUUAGACAUGUUAGGAAAAGCUGAGAAAAGGGCUUCACCGUCCCCAAUCGCCAAUUGGCGAUUGGGGAUUGGGGAUUGAGAUAUGA